AUGGAUAUCCGACGGAGACCUCCUAAACCGCCGGUUAACCCAAACCGAUCCUCGAAAAACAACGACCGCACCACCACAAACACCAUCGCUCCUCCUCCAAAGGCCUCCGACGCUCUCCCUCUCCCUCUCUACCUAACCAACGCCGUCUUCUUCACCCUCUUCUUCUCCGUCGCCUACUACCUCCUCCACCGCUGGCGCGACAAGAUCCGUUACAACACCCCUCUCCACGUCGUCACCGUCUCCGAGCUCGGCGCCAUCCUCUCCCUCAUCGCCUCCUUCAUCUACCUCCUCGGCUUCUUCGGCAUCGACUUCGUCCAAUCCUUCAUCUCCCGCUCCGAUUCCGCCGAUCGAGACUUCCACCACGACCACCGCCUCCUCACCUGCCCUCCUCCUCCGCCUUCUCCCAUCCCCUCCACUCCUCUCCCGGAGGAAGACGAGGAGAUCGUGAAAUCCGUCCUCGACGGAGCGAUUCCUUCGUAUUCUCUCGAAUCGCGUCUCGGAGAUUGCAAGAGAGCCGCGUCGAUAAGGAGGGAAGCGCUCCAGAGGAUGACCGGGAGGUCGAUCGAAGGAUUGCCGUUGGAAGGAUUCGAUUACGAUUCGAUCUUGGGGCAAUGCUGCGAGAUGCCUGUGGGAUACGUGCAGAUUCCCGUGGGGAUCGCGGGGCCUUUGUUGCUCGACGGUUACGAGUAUUCUGUUCCGAUGGCGACUACUGAGGGUUGUUUGGUCGCGAGUACUAAUAGAGGGUGUAAGGCUAUGUAUGUCUCUGGUGGCGCCACGUGUACGGUGCUUAAGGAUGGGAUGACUAGAGCUCCUGUUGUUAGGUUUGCCUCGGCGAGGAGAGCGGCGGAGCUUAAGUUUUUCUUGGAGAGUCCUGAGAAUUUCGAGACUUUGGCUGUUGUUUUCAACAGGUCGAGUAGGUUUGCGAGGUUGCAGAGUGUGAUGUGUACAAUCGCUGGGAAGAAUGCUUAUGUGAGGUUUAGUUGUAGUACUGGUGAUGCUAUGGGGAUGAAUAUGGUUUCUAAAGGUGUUCAGAAUGUUCUUGAGUUUCUUACUGAUGAUUUUCCUGACAUGGAUGUCAUUGGAAUCUCUGGGAACUUUUGUUCGGACAAGAAGCCAGCUGCGGUGAACUGGAUAGAGGGACGUGGGAAGUCAGUUGUUUGUGAGGCGGUUAUUAGAGGAGAUAUUGUGAACAAGGUGUUGAAAACGAGUGUGGCUUCUUUGGUGGAGUUGAAUAUGUUGAAGAACCUUACGGGCUCUGCUAUUGCAGGGUCUCUAGGUGGAUUCAACGCUCAUGCUAGUAACAUUGUUUCUGCUGUGUUCUUAGCUACUGGUCAAGAUCCAGCUCAGAACGUGGAGAGUUCUCAGUGUAUUACAAUGAUGGAAGCUAUUAAUGAUGGGAAAGAUAUUCAUAUCUCGGUUACUAUGCCAUCUAUUGAGGUGGGGACAGUGGGAGGAGGAACACAGCUAGCGUCUCAAUCAGCGUGUUUGAACCUGCUCGGAGUUAAAGGAGCGAGCAAGGAGUCGCCGGGGAUGAACUCAAGGAGGCUAGCGACGAUAGUGGCAGGAGCAGUAUUGGCCGGAGAGUUGUCACUAAUGUCAGCAAUAGCAGCUGGACAACUUGUGAAGAGUCACAUGAAAUACAAUAGAUCCAGCAGAGACAUCUCUGGAGCAACGACAACAACAUGA